ACAGUUCGACGAGCUGACGCAAUCCCACCCGCAUUAUCCACCACAACAGCCCCGGCGAACUCGCCAAGCCGAUGAAAGCUCCAGAGAAAACACCGUGCACAACAGCAACAGCAACGCAGCAGAAGGAGCAUGAGCAUGAGGAUGAGCGGAAAGCGUUGAACGACGAGGAGGCGAGCGGAGGCAGAGAAGGAGGAGGAGGAGGGCUGAAAGUCCAGUCGAAUGUGCACUCACCUUCUGCGCAAGGCGGACCGGGAUCGAAGUCAACGGGAAGGGGCCGGUCCGUGGGGAUCGAGAGCGAGACGAACGCGAUCGCUGCGGAAGGUAGAUUCUCGGGGCCGAUCGAAGGCGGGCGAUGUGGUCCGGCGAGUCGCUGGAUUAGCACCUGCCGACGAGUCUAGGCCGAUAGAUAGCCUGGCAGCGGCAGAUUUCGCGACGCCCCGCAAGAUUCGACGAAGUGGAGGGCCCGCACGCGAGCCCGACCUCGGCACAGGACUCGCUGGCCUCGUGCACUGUCGCCCGUUUCUUCGUCGCCCUCGGCAGGCACCUCGCCCCUCCCUCCAUUUAGGCCCCGCGCGGCUCUUAUGCCCCGUUCUCUGGCCCCCGCAUCGAUCCGCUGCGCGCGCCUAUAUUUUGCGCGCCACGGCGCCUUCCGACGGCUAGAACGGGCCCCCGUCCUUUCUCCCCCGUCUUUCAUCCCCCCGCCCCCGCCAGGGAAGCGCUUCCAGCUCCUGACAGUGACGAGCAAGGUCUUCGUCUUCGUCGUCGUAGAAGUUGAUCGAUUGCUGCGAGUUUGCUGAGAUUUUGUUGCUCCUGGCGAGCGAGAGCCUGUCAUCGGAGAGAGCGAGCGCUAGAGCUCGAUUCCUCCUCGUAUAUAAAAGUUUGAAAAGUUUGAAAAGUCUCAAAAGUCUCGGAAGGGUUUUAUUAAGUGGUUCAUCGUGUGCACUCUUGUUUCGGUCGGUCGGUUCGUCGGAUUGCUGAAGUUCACGAGAAUCGACAGCCUCGGUGGGGAGAACUUGUUCUUUCGGAUUCUUCGUCGUGCGGGCGCUGUACUUGUCCACGGAUUGCGCGCAGCUCACGUCGACUGACGCAGGCGGCCAUUCGUACGUGUGAGAGAUAGAGGGAGAGAAAGGGAGAGAGAGAGAGAGGGACAGGGAGGGAGCUCCGAAGCAGUCGAUCGCCGUCGUGUCCAAUUCUCGACCGCGAGCCGAGAGGUCGUCGCCACAAGCCAGCGUCAGCAGCAGAACGGCGAUCGACUGCCGGCCGCGGGCCUUGGGCCGAGACCAUGGCGCACUUGGAGAAGCAGACGCAUCAUGUGACAUUCCAGGUCCCCGAGAGCCAAAUGACCAAGAGCGGGUCCAUCCGCUACAAGGUGCCGAACUCGAUUCUGCAGAGGGAGACGGAGAAUCCGAAAGAUUUGUUCAUCAUCGGCAGGAGAUUGGGCGCUGGGCAGUUCGGCACCACUUACUCGUGCACGGAGAAGGCGACGGGCAAGGAGUACGCUUGUAAAGUGAUCCCCAAGCGCAAGCUGCUGCUGAAGGAGGAUGCGGAGGACGUGAGGCGCGAGAUUCAGAUCAUGCACCUUCUGUCGGGGCACCCGAACAUCGUCGACAUCAAGGGCGCGUACGAGGACACGGGAAAUGUGUACAUGGUGAUGGAGCUGUGCGCCGGGGGCGAGCUGUUCGACCGAAUCACGCAGCGUGGGCACUACAGCGAAGCUCAGGCCUCGGCGGCCAUUCGAGCGAUUCUCGAAGCGAUCGAGAUUUGUCACGAGCUCGGCGUCUUCCAUCGCGACUUGAAGCCGGAGAACUUCCUGCUCGCCGACAAAGACGAAGAUGCUCCUCUGAAAGUCAUCGACUUUGGGCUCUCCACGUAUUUCAAGAUUGAUGAGGUAUUCACCGAUAUCGUCGGGAGUCCCUACUACAUUGCUCCUGAGGUUCUACUGAGGAACUACGGACCCGAAGCCGAUGUAUGGAGUGCUGGUGUUAUCUUGUACAUUUUAUUGAGUGGUAUUCCUCCCUUUUGGGCAGAAAAUGAGGACGCUAUAUUCAAGUUGAUUCUUACGAGCGAUGUAGUCUUCAUGUCAGAAACAUGGAAGUCUAUCUCGCUGCCGGCCAAGGACUUAAUUCAGAAAAUGCUUAUCCGAAAUCCGCUGAAAAGACCGACAGCACGUGAAGCUCUCAUGCAUCCGUGGAUUCAGGAAGACGGUGUAGCUCCUGAUGUCCCCAUGGAUCCAAUCGUUCAAUGCCGACUCAAGAAGUUUUCAGCGAUGAAUAAGCUAAAGAAGAUGGCAAUCCGAGUUAUAGCCGAAAAUCUGUCUGAAGAGGAGAUUGCAGGUUUGAAAGAGAUAUUCAAAAUGGUCGACACAGAUAACAGCAGCACAAUCACCUUCGAAGAACUGAAAAUUGCCCUCAGAAGGUUUGGGUCUGUCCUCAAGGAUUCCGAGAUCCACGACCUACUUGAUGCUGCUGAUGUUGAUCAAAAUGGAAUUAUAGACUACGGCGAGUUCAUCGCGGCAACCAUCAGCUUGAACAAGGUUUCACAGCAGGAGAAUUUGCACAUAGCAUUCCAAUACUUUGACAGAGAUAACAGUGGUUAUAUCACAAAGGAUGAGCUGCAACAAGCUUGUGUGGAACACCAUCUGAAGGACGUGCAGGUUGAUGACAUGAUUAAAGAACUGGAUAAAGACAAUGAUGGACGUAUCGACUACAACGAAUUUUCGGCUAUGUUUACGAGAGUGAAUAGUGGCCUCAGUCGACGAGCAUCUCGAAACAGCUUCCGAAGUACUUUCGGAACAUGCUAACAGCUGCCGGGUGUGACUGACGACUGGGCCCAGAUAACUCCUGGUAACCUAGAUUUUUUUGGACAUGUAAAAGAAACAGUAGAUUGCUGGCACGCGCAUCAUGUAAAUAUCUAGUUUACGCUCUGUAAAUGUAUUUUGCUGCGAGAUCUUACCUCCAAUUACCUGAAUAUAUUGAGUGGUUAUUGCUCUGCGUUG